AUGACCAAAUAAUUUUGGAAAGAUUGGCAUUUGCGAACUCAAAUAUGCAUGAUUUAAUUCGUAAUCUCAAGUUUUGCAAUUGGUUUAAUUGCCCUUUCGACUUAUUCGUUUAUGUAUUACAUUUCAGAGUUUUAUAUGGAAACAUCAGAACAUGUCUUUUAAAAGUAAUUUGGAAAAUGGACAAAUGUAAUGAUGUCACAUAAUAUACACCGUGUGAAAUAAACUUUAUUUAGAAGUCAAUAAUAGAUUGUCAAGGUAAAUGCCCUGUAUCAAGUGACUCAGUAAAUCAAUCAAAGCACUUUUUAAUAACCCAUACCAUGUCUUAAUGAUUUAACGUUAAUGGAUGAUUAUACUUACAGUGCUUCUUUUUGUUAUAUGAUCUAUAAAGAUACAAAAUCUAACAGAAUCCUAUACAAUCUCAAAGAUCUAUGUGCAUUUUUGACAUAGUCUGUGCUUAUGAUAGAUUAAGAUUUUGAUAUUAUGAUUGCCUCUUCGAAUGAUAUUCAUUUUUUGACAGUUUGGCCUGGAUUCUUUUUAUCACCAGAUUACAAUCCUCAAGAGAGAAUCUGGUAUGUGCAACAUUUAGAACAAGUGGCUUCGCAUAAUAAUAAUAAUGAUUAAACUUAUUUUAGUGAACCUCAUAUACAUUGGACUUGGAAAUUAUUAAUGAUAGCUUAAACCAAAAGCUUAUUAAAUAUUAACAAGUCCUUGGAUGGAGUGAUAGCUUCUCAUGUCAAUUUCAGCUAAUUUAAUUAUUCAGACGAUUAGGUUAGUUUUACCAUAAUUAAUCCUAAAGGUAGAAUAUUACUAAGUUCUUUAAAUGUGACUGAAAAUUCAAAUAUAUAUGACUAGAACAUCACUAGUUUGGAUUAUGAAGACUUUUAGUAGAUAAUAAAUUAGGCAGAAGGCAAAGAAACAUAAAGUAAUUGCAAUUCUAAAGUAUGGAAGGAUUAUGGCUAUUUAUGUAGAAAAACUGUUUCCGAAUAAGAAGAAGAACUUAUAAGCACAAAAAAUAUAAAAGAGGCAGGAUUGAUUUUGAUUAUGCAGAGCAAACUAAGUAAAUAUCAAAUGGAAUUUGAGAAUAUGUUUUAUACUUUCAAAGAAGAAUUAAACAAAAUAUUUAUAGCAACCAUUUUAGGUUUUAUUCUAUAUAUGUUUUCAUCUCUUAUCAUUACCUCUUGCAUAGUAAUUUUUCUAUUCAAUCCUAUAAUCAGGAUCAUUAAUUACACUUCUUAGCAAUUAUUUAAGGAAAGUCUUAAUAGAAAAAAUGUACUUAAGAAAAAACAUAAAUUUUCAAAGUUGACAAGUUCAUCUUUGCUGUGCGAUUUACAAUAAUCAUUUAACAGACUAAUCCAUAUCACAACCAAUUAAACGAAAUCGACAACUUGUCAUUUAAUUGAAGCAUUUUAAUACCCACUUAAUAGAUGGAAAUACAUUAGAAAGAGCAAAAAAUUUAGAAAUCUCUAUUUGAAGUUGUAAAAUGAUGUAUAAAUGGAAGAGUCCCUUAAGUUGUAAAACUUGAUUAUAAAGCAAUUAGGAAUACAAGAUUGCUGUUUCUGA